AUGGUUUCCAUCGAAGACUCUCCCUCCUAUUACAAGAAGCCUGUUGAGAAGAUCCGAGCAGAUCAAUAUCCCCUGCUGAAAGAUACGACAUACCUUGAUCAUGCAGGGACAACCCUCUAUGCGAAAUCUCUAAUAGAGUCAUUCUCGCAGCGCCUAACAAGCAAUCUCUUUGGGAAUCCCCACUCAGCGUCUUCGUCUUCCCAAUUAUCAACCAGUAUAAUCGACGAUGCGCGGCUACGAGUCCUUCGUUUUUGUAAUGCAAGCCCAGAAGACUUUGAUGUCGUCUUUGUGGCUAACGCAACGGCUGGAAUAAAGCUUGUUGCAGAAAGCUUACGGGAUAAUGAACCAGAGGGGUUCUGGUACGGAUAUCAUGUCGAUUCUCAUACCAGUCUGGUUGGUGUCAGAAACAUGGCGGAUCUCGGAAGCAGAUGCCUUGUAACUGACCACGAGGUAACCAGUUGGAUUAACCAGCUGCACAAUGACUACAAUAAGCCAGAGUCCCCCUGUCUGACUCUCUUUGCAUACCCAGGCCAAUCAAACAUGACUGGUCGCCGGCUACCACUCAGCUGGUGCAAGGAAGUUCGUGCCUGCAUCGGCAAAGACAGGAAAUGGAGAGCUUUCACUUUGUUCGACGCUGCAUCCCUGGCCUCUACGUCGCCCCUGGAUUUAAGUGACACUGCCUGCGCACCGGAUUUUACCGUUGUCAGCUUCUAUAAGAUCUUUGGUUUUCCUGACCUCGGAGCUCUCAUCGUUCGCAAAGAUGCUGGCCAUCUUUUUCAGAACAGAAAGUAUUUUGGCGGAGGCACAGUUGGGAUGGUCUUAGCUGUUGGAGAACAAUGGCAUGCCAAAAAGGACUCCACUCUUCACGACCAGCUUGAAGAUGGCACCUUACCUUUUCAUAACAUUGUUGCCUUACAUUCCGCAUUUGACGUGCAUGAACGUCUUUACACCUCUAUGGAUAAUAUAUCUCGCCAUACUGCAGAAAUGGCCAGGAUACUAUACGAUGGACUCUCAUCUUUGGAGCAUGGAAAUGGCGCAAAAGUUUGCCAGAUCUACAAAGGACCGGGAGGAUAUGCCGAACGCACCCUCCAAGGUCCCAUCAUAUCAUUCAAUUUGAAAGACAGCACUGGACGCUGGAUAAAAAAGUCAGACGUGGAAAGGCUAGCUGCUGUCAAAAAUAUUCAGAUUCGUUCCGGCACACUAUGCAAUCCUGGCGGGAUGGCGUAUUAUCUCGGCCUGAAGCCGGGUGAUAUGAAACGCAACUACAAUGCUGGACAGCGAUGUGGAGAUGAUAAUGAUAUCAUUGCUGGAAAGCCUACGGGUGGCCUUCGUGUCAGCCUAGGUGCCAUGACAUCAAAGCAAGAUAUCAAUACCUUUCUUGACUUCAUUCGAAACUUUUACGUGGAAAACUGCAUAAUUAGUGAGCCGAAACCUCAAAAAGGAACUCUAAACCCAGCUAUCCAACCAUCACCAUCACACUUUUAUAUCGAGAAGCUCUGUAUCUAUCCGAUUAAGAGCUGCGGAGCAUUCACUAUCCCCGGAUCGACGGAAUGGAACGUCAAGCCAGAAGGACUAGCUUGGGACAGAGAAUGGUGUUUGAUACAUCAAGGAACUGGUUCCGCUUUGAACCAGAAAAGAUACCCACGAAUGGCGCUGAUACGGCCUGUCAUUGAUCUCCCUAGAAGCACUCUACGAGUCACCUUGCCAAGUCCGGGGCCACACGGAGAUACCAUGGAGAUACCAUUAUCUGUUGAUUCCACUGAUCUUGCUGAAGGACAGCUUUGCAGAAAUUUUACAAAACAGCAAUCGACCGUUUGUGGAGAUACGGUCUCGGUGCAAGUGUAUAAAUCUGCUCGGCUAGCAAGCUUCUUCUCAGAUUUCCUUGGUGUUCCUUGUACGCUUGCAAGAUUUCCGCCACAGCAGCAUCAUUCAGCAGCACGAUUCUCUAAAUCAUACCGAAACCCUAUUAAGGAGCUUGUACAUAACCCGAAUGCCGUAGACAAGAUACCAGGAGCCUUUCCCGAACCUAUUGCAUCGGGCACACGACGUCCUAUUCUCUUAUCCAACGAAGGACCUAUCCUCAUUAUAUCUCGUUCAAGCGUUAAUAAUGUCAACGAAAGUAUAAAAUCAUCCGGCAAACCGAACUCCGCCUCCAGGACCGUUGCAGCAGAUGUAUUCCGGGCCAACAUCAUUGUCUGCGAAAAAGCUGCUGCUCCCGCAGCUGAUCUCGUCCCGGCUUAUCGACCAUCAGCCGUUUGUGAACAACCAUAUAUUGAAGAGCUCUGGACUGGAUUCCAGGUUGGAGAUGCUCAUUUUGACGCUCUUGGGUCUUGUCAGAGGUGUCAAAUGAUCUGCAUUGACCAGCAUACUGCGACACGUAGCGAUGAGCCGUUCUCUACGCUGGCAAAGACUAGGAAGGUUGAUGGAAAGGUUUACUUUGGUAAACAUGUUUGUUUAUCUAACAAAUCUGAGGAUAAACCUAUAACAAUCAAAACGGGUGGGUUACUGAUUCCAUUUUACAAUUGA